AUGUUUGAUUUAACGCCAUGGCAAACAUCUGCUGUCAAAAGAAAUACAGAUGUGCGGUGGUAUAAAGAGAUAAGGAAAUACGUCGAUCAGACGACAGAAAAACGAAAAAUAGAAAAAGCUUCCUGCGGCUUUGUGGUACCCCACAAUCAAAUAUAA